UAUAGACGUGUUUUAUUCAAUAAUUUAAAACCAACUUAUCGUCGUAACUAUGUUGGAUUGGCAUUUAAUGAACAAAAACAGCAACAAGCGAUUGAUCGUUCUUUGAAACCAUUUCAACAUGUCGUGAAUGGACCCACAGAAACUAUUUCAGAAAUUGGCAAAGAUGUUCAUACGGAAAAUGAAAAGGAGCCUAUUUUUGAAAUUAUAUCUUCUGGCGUUGUUACCUGCAGAUACAGAAAUUAUUACAACUACUGGAUCAGCUAUUGGAUCUUCGAACCGAGUCAAUUCUAAAUUGACACUUGAUAAAAACAUUACUAAAUCUAUUGGCAAAAAGCUGGUUGGCGAUGCUAUGUUUUAUCAAAAACAUUAUACCAAAAAUGCUCCAGGAGAUCUAUUAUUGACACCUCAGCGUUUAGGAGAGAUUGCUAUAAUUGAAUUAAAAAACAGUUCAAAAUAUAUCUUAAGACGUGAUGCAUUUUUGGCAAAAACAAACAAAGUUACUAUGGAUUUAGGCAUAAAUUCUAGUGAAAAUGGUUUAAUAAAUAAACUAGUUCAUACUGUGAGUGGACCAGGUACAUUAGCUAUUAGUCAUUAUGGCGGCAUUUAUCGUAUUUCACUUGCAGCAGGGGAAGAGUAUAAGGCUAAUCCUCGUAAUUUAAUUAUGUGGGAUAAACGUACAAAUCCAACUCAAUUACAUUCAAAGCAAUCUAUUGUACCUUCACCUCGAUCUCAUUUGAGAAAAUAUGAAGUAUUUAGAAACAUUGUUGAUAGCCCUUCACUUCAACCAAAAUUACAAUAUGUACAACGACUUUCCAGAUAUAUUUUUAAUCUUAUUUUGGGAACACCUGAUUUUGUUAAAUUAAAAGGUCCUGGUGACUUUUAUUUAGCUUCUCGGGUUGAGCCUCGAUUUGAAACAUCUAGAUUAAUGAAUGCUUUGACUUCUAUAAAUGAUUCUGCUCGUCAAAUAUUUGAUCAACAAACUAUUGAUAUGUUCCCUGCUCCUCCUUCAGACACAAUUAGUCAGAUUACUACCAAGAAAAAGCAACAUCCAGGAUAUGCUCAAAAAUCUUCUGUAGAUGGAUAUCCAUCUUAUUAUGCUGAAGUGCAUAAAGGUGAUGUAAGCUUUGUUCCAGCUAAACAAGAAUAAAUUAUUUAUUUAUUUAUUUAU